GACUCAUCCCAAUCUCAUUUGUUUGUGAUUAUUUCGAUUGAUGUUUCAACUCGUUGUCAAAUGAAUCAUUCUAGUCAAUGCUAAUAAAAAAGAAUCGUAGAUUUGUUUGCUGGUGCGCAUGUUUUUUUACAUGGAAGAUAUGUCACAAUCAGCUGAUCAGAUUAAAAUGGAACGGUGGCAGGCAUGUUAAGAACGAUCGAUUUUGUUGUCAGAUAGCUGUCAAUCGUAGAUUUAAAUAUUUCUAUCAAAUUAUGGAUUAAAUUCUGUUAUAUGUGCGUGAUUUAAAUAGUGGACGUUCGUAAUGGCGUUUUUCGAGUGGCGCCGAUUUAAUUUCUUUGAUCUUAAGAAAGAAGUUGAUUCUGGAAAAAUAACUAAAGCACUUGGGGAUGCACAAAUUACUGCAGCAACCAGUGGCAAUGGUCACUUGGUAUUCGGAGAUAAUACUGGUAGCGUACACUUAGUUAAUAGGACUUACGAUGUUAAUACUUUUCGUGCAUAUGAGAUUACGUUAACCUUAGCACAGCAAGUUCAACAUUCCACUUUUCUCUUCACUAUUGGGGAAGAUGAACCUGGUUGUAAUCCUACUAUCAAAGUAUGGAAUUUAGCAAAGCCUGAUAAACAAGGAAAUCCAAUCUGCGUUAGGAUCAGUAGAGCUAUUCCCAGUUACAGAGCAGUCCCGGUGACCACUUUACAUGUACAUACUAGUCUUUCUUUAAUGGCUGUUGGUUUUGGAGAUGGUUCGAUAAUGUUGUAUAGAGGUAACCUGACAAGAGAAAGAAAGAAUAAGAUCAAAGUUUUAAAAGAUACUAACAUUUCCAUAACCGGUUUGGCCAUAAGAUCUACAGACAAGCAAAUUUACAUGUUUGUUGCAACAAAUAAUAAUGUAUUUAUGUAUAAUAUUACUUUAAAAGAUAAAGAAUACAAAUCUGAUUUGGACAGCAUGGGCUGUGCAAAGAAAUGCAGCGUUCUAGCUGAAUCAAUACAAGAUAGUCAUUUCAUGAUUGGACGUAACGAUGCAAUAUACUGCUAUACGCCUGAUGGCAGAGGGCCAUGCUACGCGGUUGAAGGGCAAAAGAUAAUGUUAGAAUGGUUUAGAAGUUACUUAGUAAUAGUAGCAAAAGAGGCAGCUAAUGUUCUGAGAACAACUACGACUAUAUCAGCGAAGCCAAAUACUAUUGAACCAAUACCACCUGGUGUGGAUAAACACUUGAUUACGGUUCUCGACAUUCAAAAUAAAUUUAUUGUCUUUUCGGCAUCUAUGAUAUCAGUACAAGCUGUUCUAUCAGAAUGGGGUGGUUUUUUUAUUCUUAGUGGAGAUAGCAAAUUGUAUCAUCUGGAUGAAAAAGAUUUGCAAUCAAAGUUAGCAUUACUUUUUAAAAAGAAUCUAUACGAUGUUUCUAUUAGGAUAGCAAAAAGUCAACAAUAUGAUACGGAAGGUCUCGUAGAUAUAUUUCGACAAUACGGAGAUCAUUUAUAUUCGAAAAGUGAUCACAAUGGUGCUAUAGAACAAUAUAUUAAAACUAUUGGAAAACUUGAACCAUCUUAUGUAAUACGGAAAUUCUUAGAUUCGCAACACAUAGAUAACUUAAAAACUUAUUUACAAGCGUUACAUAAACAUGGUCAAGCAACAGAAGAUCAUACUACAUUGUUAUUAAAUUGCUAUACAAAGCUAAAUCACACGGAUAAAUUAAAAGAGUUUAUUAUGACGAAAGAUCGAGGAGUUGAUUUUGAUGUUGAAAUUGCAAUUAAAGUUUGUCGUCAAGCGUCACCCGAGGAUGCUUUAUUGCUCGCACAAAAACAUAAUAAACAUGAAUGGUAUUUACGAAUUCAGAUAGAAGAUAAACGUGAAUAUAAAAAGGCAUUGGAAUAUAUAGAAACGUUAGAAUUCGAAGAAGCAGAAUCGAAUAUGAAAAAGUAUGGAAAUAUACUCAUAGAAAAUGUACCAAAUGAAUCUACACAAUUUUUAAAAGCUUUAUGCACUAAUUAUAGACCUUCUAACAAACCACUCGUAGAUCAGAGCACAUUGGACGGUAGUACGGACCAUCAUAUCGACAAAGCAAAUCCAGAAGAUUUCAUAUAUUUGUUCUUAAAUAAUUCAGCGCGUUUGGUUGAAUUUUUAGAACAUUUGAUCAAAUCUGAAAGCAAGUGGAGCACACUCGUAUACAAUACUUUAAUAGAACAUUAUUUACAUCUUUGGUCAGCCCAGGAUAAUCAUGUAACAAAAAUGCAAUACGAACAAAAAAUCCUUCGAUUAUUACAAAGUUCGGAAGCAUCUUACGACAAAGAUCAAAUUUUGAUUUUGUGCCAUCAACAUGAUUUCCGUCGCGGAUUAUUAUUUAUUUAUGAGGAAAAUAAGUUGUAUCAAGAAAUAUUAAGAUUCCAUUUGCAAAAAGGUGAUAGUGAACAGGUAUUGGCUACGUGUAAAAGAUUUGGUCAUCAAGAUCCAAACUUAUGGAUUCAAGCGCUAUGGAGUGUAGCUAAGAAUAAAAAUGUUUCUGCUAAACUUUUAGCUGAUAUUUUAUCAUAUAUAGCACAAGAAAAGCUUUUAUCACCCUUAAUGGUAAUCGAUGCGAUAUCUACAUCCCUAUCUUGUACUCUUGGUGAUGUACGAAAUUAUUUAAAUAGCGUGUUACGAUCAGAAAAUGAACAAACACAGGCUGACGCCGAAUUAGCAGAAAAAUAUCGUUUAGACACUUCUAAUUUACGAAAACAAAUAGAAACAAUUAAAAGUAAUACUAUAAUUUUUCAAGGUUCACGUUGUAGUGCUUGUCAUCAUCAAUUAGAAUUACCAUCUGUACAUUUCAUGUGUCAACAUUCAUAUCAUCAGCAUUGCUUUCAGAGUUUUUCCGAAAACGAAAAUGAGUGUCCAGCUUGUUUACCAAAUAAUAAAAAAUUAUUGGAUAUUAUAAGAGCGCAAGAGCAAUCGAGAGAUUUACACGAAACGUUUCACAGUUUAUUGGAUCGCGCAGAAGAUCCAUUUUCUUUGGUAGCCGACUACUUCGGUAGAGGUGUUUUCAAAAAAUUAAUGGUAAUCACGGAUACAGAUAAAUCAUUGUCCCCUACGCCAGUACAAACCGAAGAGCAAAAAUUAGUCUACCGACCUAAUACAGAAGCAAAGAUUAAACUAACAGAAAAGAAAAACACCAAUGCGUCAGCUAAACCAGAUUCUCGUUACUCAAGUCAAGACGGCUAUUCGAAUAUUUCUAACUUGAUUGGAGAUGAACACAUACGUUCAUUUACGAAACCAGAUGUUUAUUCUUCUUCAUUGGAAGUAAAUAUAUCAGGGACGGGAAGCGGUAUAUCAACUCCUCGAGGAAAUUCAAGAAAAGCUUCGCCUGUGCCCAUAAGAGAAGCACGUAUAUUAAAUAAUAUAACACCAAAAUCAUCUCCAAUUCAGAAAUUUUUCGUAGUACCGAAACCAUCUACUGUACCAGUAAAUCCUUUUAAAGUAGAUGAUUACGAUGAAUCGAAAAAUCCAUUUUCUGAGGAUAAAGAUGAUGAUGACAAAAAUCCUUUUAAGGAUGACGACGACGAAGAUAAUGAUUACGACAAAAAUUUAAAUCCAUUUGGCAGAUAAAUUAUUUCCUUCCUUAAUGAAACUGAAAUGGAAGCAGUAAGUUGUAAGGGAAAUAAAAAUGUUCGUGCAUAAUACACUAAUGCGUGUGGUGAAAGAUUA